AAGCAAAAGCAUAGCAGACCCAAUUUAAACACAAAAAGACAGCAACAUAAAUAAAAGGCUCCGAAAUCCGGGGUUUGGUUACUUGACUCCAAAACCCUUUCCGUUUUACAAUGGCAGCUAAUGACGGGCGCGGGCAAGCAAGGACCUUGGACCCAGAGAAGCAAACACUCCUGAGUCAGCACACAGAGAAACACUUCACCGCUGGAGAGAUCGUCCGUGACAUCAUCAUCGGCGUAUCCGACGGUCUUACCGUGCCCUUCGCUCUCGCAGCAGGACUCUCCGGUGCCAAUGCCACGUCAUCUAUCGUUCUCACUGCUGGCAUCGCCGAAGUCGCUGCCGGUGCCAUCUCCAUGGGACUCGGCGGAUAUCUGGCGGCGAAAAGCGAGGCUGAUCAUUAUACGAGGGAGCUGAGGAGAGAACAAGAGGAAGUAGUAAACGUUCCUGAUACAGAGGCGGCAGAGGUAGCAGAGAUACUGGCAGAGUACGGGGUAGAGCCACAUGAGUAUACGCCUGUGGUGAACGCUCUAAGGAAGAAUCCCAAAGCGUGGGUGGAUUUCAUGAUGAAGUUUGAACUGGGAUUGGAAAAGCCAGAUCCAAGAAGAGCACUGCACAGCGCCCUCACCAUUGCCAUUGCUUACGUUUUGGGUGGAUCAGUGCCCCUCCUUCCUUACGUCUUUUUUCCGAGGGCUAGAGAAGCUUUGGUUGCCUCCGUUGUCGUCACCUUGGGGGCGUUGCUAAUAUUUGGCUUUGCCAAGGGCCAGUUUACCGGCAAUAAACCCUUCCAGAGUGCCUUCCAGACUGCUCUCAUCGGAGCCGUGGCAUCCGCUGCCGCUUUUGGCCUGGCAAAGGCUAUCCAUCCAUGAACAUUCGUCCUUUCCUAUAUAUCAUAUGCUACUGUAUUCUGUGUUUCCUAUUCCUAUGGAAAUUUCAAUGUUGCUUCUUAUUUUCGGUAUAAUUUCAUCCCGUGAUCCUACAUGAACUUUCGUUUCUUCCUUAUUGACAUCUAAUAAGUAUGCAGUUUUUUUCUUUUAAAAAAACAAGGUUAUGUAGUUUUUGUACCUUUGU